CCAAUUCCCCGCCCCGGCUCGUUUCCUGCAAGAGUUGUUGCGCAUUGCCAUGGCAACAAUCAGUCCCGACAAAUCGCGAUAGCGGGUUCGGACACGCUGUCGCAGUCGGCGCGGACACAUCUCCGCCGUCGGUCCCACCUCAUUGUGGCGGUCGGCUCCAGGACAGCACCGGCAGCCCCGGCAGCGGCCCCGCGAUGGCAGCAGCGACUGCGGGCUCAGGAUCCCGGUCCCUCCGAGCCGGGGGCUCCUCCCGGGGGUCCCUCCUCGCCCGCCGUCUCCAGCUUGACCCGCCGGGAUUUCAGUCAGUCACAGGCUCCAUCAGCCCUGCCGGGAUCUCUCAGGAUGUGCCAAAACAUCCUCGAGAGCUGCCCUCCUUCAAUCCCAAGCUCCAGACCAUCAGAGUCAUCACCAAGGACCUGAUCAGGGACCUCAUGGCUCCCCAGGAGCAGCCUCAGCCGUGUCUCAUCAUGGGGGAGAAGGAAUACGAGAGGAUCAAGGAAUCAGCUCAAGGCCCAGCUGAGGUGGAGGACUGGGACAGGCUGAAGACCCUGAGAGCCAGACAGGACGCUGCUUUCGAAACCCUGAAAAAGGCCCAGCUGGAGGAGCAGAGAAAGGCAGAGCUGGAGGAGCAGGGGGACCGUGGGAGAGCCCUGCAGGAGGAGCAGGAGCAGCAGGAGAAGCAGAAGCUGCUGCAGCGGGCGGCGAGGAUGAGGCUGGAGCAGGAUGAAGAAAUCCGGCAGCUGAACGCGCUGUUCCUCGAUGCCAAGUGCAACAUGAUCCGGGACAAGCAGGUCCUGGAGAAGCAGCUGAUCCAGAAGGAGCUGGCGGAGGAGGAGAGGCGCCUGGACAGGGUGAUGGAAAUGGAGCGGGACAGGGGCAGGGAGGCCCAGGAGGAGCUGGAGCGCCUCAGGAAGCAGGAGCUGCUGAGAGCCAGGCAGGACAUUGUGAAACAGAUGGAGCAGAACGCAGAGGAGAGGGCACUGAGGGCUGAGAAGAAAUUCCAGGAGGGCCAGAAGCUGCUGGAGCUCCUGGAGCAGAUGAAGAGGGAGGAUCGGAAGGCCUGGGAGCAGAAACAGGAGAAACAAAGGCAAAUCCAGGCUGAAAUUCAACGUUUCAAUGUGGAGAGCCAGAGGCUGAAGGAUCAAGAGCAGGAGCGGGAGAGGCUGGAGGACGAGCGGGUGCUGGAGCAGCAGCGGCAGAAGGCUGGGCUCUCCCCACAGGAGCGUGAGGCAGCCUGGGAGGCAGAGCAGGAACAACUGCGCCUGGAGAAGGAGAAGGACCUGGCGCGGCUCAGGGCCGAGCAGGAGCGGGCGCAGGACUGGCAGGCAGAGAUGGACGCUCUGAGGGCCAAGAGGAACCAGGAGGCGGCAGAGCGGGAGUGGCGCCGGCAGGAGCUGCAGAGGGCGCGGAGGAAGGCCGAGCUGGAGCAGCAGCUGAGGCAGGAGCGGCUGCAGCAGGUGGCCCAGAAGGAGCAGUACCUGGCCAUGCAGGUGCAGCAGGACCGCCAGGAAUUCCAGAGGGUGCUCAGGGCCCACCAGGAGCAGCUGGAGCGGGAGAAGCUGGAGCAGGAGCAGAGGGAGCUGCGGCAGCGCGCCCACGCCGAGUGUCUGCGGCAGCAGAUCCGGGAGCUGCAGCAGCAGCAGCAGCGGGAGCGGGCAGCCGUCCUGGAGGAGGGCCGGCGGCAGCGGCAGGAGCUCCAGCAGCGCCGCCAGCGCCUCGCCCAGCUCCGCCAGCAGAAGCUGCAGGAGUUCAGAGCCACUGGAAUUCCUGAUAAAUAUUGUGCCCACACGGAGCGCAGGGCGUGGAGACGAGGCAGUGCAGCCCCCUCCUAGGCCCAGCCCCACGAGGAACCAGCUCCAAUUCCCCACGGGUUUUGUUCCAUUUGAAUUGUCCUGGGUCACAAGGACAAGGCUCCAAAGGGACUUUGUGACAUCAGUGUGUGGGGGACACAGCAGAGGGGACAAGAGAAUCCAGAGCCUCUUGAAGGCCACUUUGGCCAUCAGAGCAAGGAAGGUCCAGGGCACUGCCAGGUUCCUCUGGUUCAGGAAACGUGCUGGGAGAAAUACCCAGGGUUUGUUCCUUUUGGGGAGCUCUCCCUGCCAAUUGUUCCUUUUGUGACCCUUUGGAUUCUGAACCUCAUUGCUGUUGCUGUUGGUUUUGUUCUCUCAUUGCUGUUUAAAGGAAAUUUUUCUUCUCUCA